UACAGUGCUUGCCGGCCUUGCCGCGGUUUUUUGGCAUACCUUUACCUAACAUGGAGUAAUUGUACGUAGUUUUUCAUUCAAGUUAUGUGUUACCCUUUUUUGUGUUACGUAUUUUUCUCUUACUGUGUGUGGUUGUGAUAAUGUCCGAGGAAAGUUUUUUUCCAACCCUUUCCCAAACAAACAGGCAACCUUGGGGCAAACUAGUCUCUUGUUUGCCUACUUUAAACUCGGAAGUUUUGGACAAGGAUUGUAUUAGAAUUGGUAGAGCAGAAGGUUGUGACAUUAUAAUUGAUAGAAAUAAAACUCUUCUUAACGACACAGGUAUAAGUAAGGAGCACUGUGUCCUUACAAGAGAUGCCACCAGUGGAAAUACUUAUAUUACCGAUUUAAGUAAAAACGGUACAUUUUUAAACGGCGUAAAAAUUGGGAAAGACAAAAGAAGUAUUUUGAAAGACAAUGAUCAGAUAGCGGUCAUAAAGGAUGCUAAUGUAUAUAUUUUUCAGGCAAUAUCUCUAGACCUAGAGGAACUACCAGACACUUAUACGAGUUCGUCGGAAUCCCCGAUGCUGAUGAAAAAUGUGUCUAUUCCGGCAUGGGGAAGACUGUUUCCAUGUCUUUUAUAUUUGCAUUCGUUUGAUCUGUGUAGCUCCACAUUUAAAGUUGGAAGGUCAUCUCAAUGCGACGCUGUAAUAGACAGGAUGGAAAUUGACCCUAAUAUCAAAAAGAGGUUUAGUAAGGAGCAUUUUGAAAUCACUAAAAGCUCAGAUAGUCCCAUCGUUAUUAUUACCGAUUUAAGCAAAGGUGGGACGUAUCUCAAUGGGAGGCUUAUCGGUAAGAAAAAGAGAAACAUAUUACAACAUGAUGACAAAAUCAGCAUCGGUUCGAGGAGAACCAAAGUGUACGUCUAUAAAUCAAUGUCACCGUCAAACGCCAAUUAUUUGCCUCCGGAACUAAAAAAUAAGUAUGAGGUGUCCAAUUUGCUUGGGAAGGGAGGGUGCGGCGAAGUAAGGCUUGCGUUUGAAAAGCGUACUUGUAAGAUGUACGCUAUCAAAAAGAUACAUAAAGCGCGGAGCACCGCGUCUCAGAUGCACAAACUGAACCACCCCAGUAAAAUCCAGACUGAAGUUAAAAUUCUAGAAUCUCUGUCGCACCCUUUUGUCAUUAACAUGAAGGAAAUAGUGGAAACGGAUGAUGAAGUUUUCCUCGUUUUGGAAUACAUGAGGGGAGGGGAAUUGAACAACCGAAUUCUGUCGAAUGUGACCCUCACCGAGUCGAACGUGAAGUUCCUGUUCUACCAGAUGGUAUUAGCCGUUCAGUUUUUGCACGCGAAGGGCAUUACCCACAGGGAUCUCAAGCCUGAAAAUGUGCUGCUGUCGUCUGACGAUCUGGAGACUAUAAUAAAAGUAACCGAUUUUGGAUUGAGUAAAAUCACGGAGGAAGACGAUAUGAUGAAAACCGUUUGCGGUACUUUGUGCUAUAUCGCUCCGGAAGUUCUAAAUGCAAAAAUUCCGGAAUAUGACAAACAAGUAGACGUUUGGAGUCUGGGUGUCAUUUUGUUUUAUAUGCUUUCCAAAAAACUACCAUUCAGUUCCCCGGAUAGGACGGCUUUGGGUAAGCUUAUUAUAACGGGAGACUAUGACAUGGGCAAUUUAUCUUGGAACGGUGUGUCGUAUUUAGCCAAAGAUCUUGUUAAGAGGAUGUUGACAGUAAAUCCGGAAAAGAGAAUCACCAUAAGUGCAAUACUUAGUCAUCCCUGGCUUGCAAAGGAUCUCACGAUGCUAUACAGGGUGCAGUUAUUAUUAGAAGAACAAAAAGUAUCGGAUAACAAUGAAGAAGCUGACGAUAGUUCCGAAAUUAUGCCUCCCUCGAAACGUGCCAGACUAUCCUGCUCUGAUGAAUCCGUAUAAAAGUACUGUAAUUACGUGCCAUUUUUUUUGUGAUAUUUCUUAUCUCUUUAUUAUUACGUGUACAUUUUUUGACCAAUGGUAAUGUUCUUACCAUAAUUUUUCAUGUUAUUUUUGUAU